AUGUCAACGCCUCGGACUGUGUGGCGCCGAAGAGGCGAGGAGUCGUCCAGCGAAGAUGACUUUGACCUGACCCCACCCACCCGGAAGGCUGCCGCCAACAAAAACUACGUUGAGCCCAGCAGCAGUGAAGAAGACGACCAUAUCCGACCCACGAGAGACAGCAACGACGACGACGACGACGACAACGCAAAUGCCAGCCUACAAGCGCAGCUGGCGUUUGACGAAGACGAGGGAGUGGCCGAUUCGCAGGCCGAUUCCGAAGAAGAGGGCUCUCGUCGGAAGCGCGGUCGAGCUGCAAGCAGCGAGAAUGGUAAGUCCGUUCCAGUCACACUUGCCAUCGGGUGUCGAUUAGCCCAGAUGAUGGAGAAUGGAGCUAUUGGAAAACGCAGAAAAGUGGAGGAUGACUCCGACUUUGAGAUUGAAGUAAAAAACGACGACUCGGACGGCGGAUCGCCUUCGCCGGCUUCGGACUCGGACGAUGUCAACUUUGGUUCUCGGGCUCGGAAGAAGAAGGGAAGCAGACGCAAGGGCAGAUCACACCAUGCUACGGGAGGAAAGCGACCCAGACGCGCUCGUUCACAGGUCCCCGACGACGAUGAAGAAUACAGCGCCAGUGAUAACUCGUCGGACAACGAAGGCUCCAACGAUUCUGGUGCUUCCGAGAGAGACGAGGAUCCUAUCAAUAACUUUGUGGAGGACGAUGAAGAGGUGCAACCCGUGCGACGAUCGAACCGACACAGAGGUCUGGGACGACGGGAACGAAUCGCUAUUGCUACUGCUGACGACGAUGAUGACGACGACAAGCGUCUGUCAUUGGCUGUUGAGCUGGCAGAACUGAGACGAAACGAUCCCCCUCCAAUCAGAAAGAAGACCCUGAGAGCUCGAAAGGCGGUCAACUACCAAAUACUGCCCCCACCCACCGUGGACGAACCAUUCAAUGCAGAUGAGGCAGGUGCUUCUGCUCCCACACGACGUCGAGGCAAUAACAAUGCUCUUCGACGUCUCAUCCCUACAGUGGGACCCUUCGGCGGAGGCGACGUGAUGCCUUUGUUUGGAAACAACGUGCCUGGACUCACAGCUGUUGGUGGAGCCGACGAUGACGACUCCAGUGAUGACGAAAAGAUCAAGGGUAUCCAGGGAGCUCCUGGCAUUGCCAAGAAGAAGAACGCAGUGGCAGACACGGAUCCUCUGGGAGUGGACAUGAACAUUGACUUCACCCACGUCGGAGGUCUCGACAACCACAUCAACCAGCUAAAGGAAAUGGUGAUGCUGCCCAUGAUGUAUCCUGAAAUCUUCAAGCGGUUCAAUACCACUCCCCCGCGAGGUGUACUGUUCCAUGGUCCACCAGGAACCGGUAAGACCCUUCUGGCAAGAGCUCUCGCUGCGUCCUGCUCCACUGAAGGAAGAAAUAUCACCUUCUUUAUGCGAAAGGGAGCCGACUGUCUGUCUAAGUGGGUUGGCGAGGCUGAACGGCAACUGCGUCUCCUGUUCGAGGAGGCCAAAAAUCAGCAGCCCAGUAUCAUCUUCUUCGAUGAGAUUGACGGUCUUGCCCCUGUGCGAUCGUCCAAGCAGGAGCAGAUUCAUGCCUCCAUUGUGUCUACCAUUCUGGCAUUAAUGGACGGUAUGGAUAACCGAGGCCAAGUGAUUGUUAUUGGAGCUACCAACCGUCCUGAUUCAGUAGAUCCUGCUCUCCGACGACCCGGUCGAUUCGAUCGAGAGUUCUAUUUCCCUCUGCCUGACAAGGAGGCGCGAAAGGCCAUCAUUGGAAUCCAUACCAGCAAAUGGUCCCCCCCUCUGCAACCGCAGUUUGUGGACCAUGUCGCUGGUCUGACCAAAGGCUACGGAGGAGCCGAUCUCAAGACUCUGUGCACCGAGUCUGCAAUCAAUGCCAUUCAGAGAACAUACCCUCAGAUCUACUCUUCGCAUGCCAAGCUCACGAUAGACCCUGCCACAAUUAAUGUGCGAGCUGCUGAUAUUCUGUUGGCUGUCGACAAAAUUGUGCCCUCUUCUGCGCGAUCCUCUUCUUCCGGGGCGACUCCUCUGCCUCCUACUGUGGCCCCUCUGCUUCAGAACACCGUCGAUGAGCUCAAGGACCGUCUGGACUCGAUUGUUCCUCGAAAGAAGAAGCUGACAGCUUUGGAGGAGGCUCUGUUUGAAGAGUUCCCCGACGAGGACGGUGGGUUUGCACGAAUUCAGCGACAGAAGCUGUUUGAGAAGUCGCGAACCUGCCGACCCAAGCUGCUCAUCUCUGGUGACACUGGUAUGGGCCAGCAGUACAUUGGCAGUGCUCUUUUGCAUCAUCUGGAGGGGUUUCACAUUCAGCAGCUGGACCUGGGAUCUCUCUAUGCCGAUAGCAGUAGAACUGUCGAGGCUACACUGGCUCAGAUCAUCACUGAAAGCAGACGUCAUGCUCAGUCGGUGCUGUACAUUCCUAACAUUGAGUUCUGGCCCACAACUCUCUCUUCUCAGGCACUGUCCAUCUUCUACACUCUGAUGAGACAGGCGCAGAGCCAGACCGAGCUACUUGUUCUGGGUAUCUCUGAAAUGCCUUAUGAAGAGCUUCCCGGGGACUUGAAGUCUUUCUUUGGGGUAGCUGCUUCUCGCCUAUAUUCCAUUCGAAAGCCCUCACUGUCAGAGCGACGAAAAUAUUUUGAGGGUAUCGAGCAGUACAUUGUGGCCAAGCCUACAGACUACCCUGACCCUGCGACCCGAAAGAGACGAAAGCUCCCCAUUCUGCCCGUUGCACCCCCGCCUCCGCCCAGGGAGUUGACUGCCUCCGAUGUCAAGACGCAGCAGAAGAAGGACAUGCAGCUGAAGAACGUCAUCAAGGUGAAGCUCAGUGGACUGAUGGAGCUGUUCAAAAAUCGGUACAAGCGGUUCCGAAAGCCACCCAUUGACGAUAUUCAUGUUGCUCAUCUGUUCGAGCCUGAGAUUGAUCCCCAGGCUGCUGCUUUGCAUGAUUUCAGACGUUCUGAGGACGACAUGAUUUUGCAGGUGUCCACUGGCAAGAAGUACUACAACUACGAUCUCGAUGUGAUCGAGGAUCGGGUUUGGAAUGGCUACUACUCGGAGCUCAAACAGUUCCUCAAGGAUAUCGAGUACAUCUACCUUGAUUCCAUCACCUCGGGCGACCGCGAGCGACGAAACAAGGCAUCGGAGAUGUUUGCCAAUGCCCAGGUGGCCAUUGAGGAGAUGAGCAUCGACCAGCAGUUCGUCGCUGACUGCAAGAAGAUGCGACAACGAGAGAUUGAGGCUCAGGAGAAGUGGAAGAUUGAGCAAGAAAGAGUGGAGGCUGAGGAAGCCAAGGCGACCGCUGAACAAUACGAGGCAGAGGCCCGUCUUGCUGCUGAGGUACAAGAGCGAGAAGUGGAUGGUGACGACGGAGAUCCCGAUGUCAAUCAGAUGCAGGUCGACGGCGAGGGUAUGAUCGAGGAGGUCAAGGACGAGGAGAUGGCUGACAUUGACGCCGAAGAUGAGAAGGUUGACAACAAGACAGAGGAAGUCGAAGUGGCUGAACCCGUUGUCGCUAAACCUGCUGUGGUCGAGCGUGCUGUUCCCGACCCUGUUGUCACAGAGGUGACCGAGACGGCAACUAUUGGAACCGAGCCCGCCAUCAACGGACACGCCAAUGGAACUGUCGUUGAGGAAGAGAACGUGGAGGCUGAAGUCCAGGUUGCACCUCCUGUGGAAGCUUCUCCUUCUCCCCCUCCCACUCCUGAUCCUCCUCUCAUUGUAGACACCAAGAAGGCUCAGGAUGUGGUUGACUUCCUUGCUGGUAACACUGGCGAGCUCACUAUCGAGGAGCUUGAGCAGGUCUAUGCCGCCAUCAUUGACAUUAUAUGGGCACACCGAGCAUCCUGGGACCGAAAUGUCAUAAUCAACGCCAUCACUGCCCAGCUGGACGAGAUCGUCAAUGCUUUCCACGAAUAA